AGUGAUUACUUUUCUUUAUCCAAGCUGUAGUUUUGAACCCUCUUGGAUUCUAUAAAUCCAUGGCUUCUAGUGUUACUUUCACAGAUCUAAGUUAAACACACAAAAAGAAAAAAAGGAACCUUUUCCACCACCUCCAAGAGACACACAGAGAGAGAGAGAGAGAGAGAGAGAGAGAGAAGAUAUGCCUGCUGCUACAAAGAGGGUGUGCAAAUCUAGUGAAGAAGAUAUGGAGCUAAGAAGAGGUCCAUGGACUCUUGAAGAGGAUAGUAUGCUCAUCCAUUACAUUGCCUGUCACGGAGAAGGUCGUUGGAAUAUGUUGGCUAAAUGUGCAGGACUGAAGAGAACUGGGAAAAGCUGUAGAUUGAGAUGGCUGAAUUAUUUAAAACCCGAUAUUAAGCGCGGGAAUCUUACGCCCCAAGAGCAGCUCUUGAUUCUUGAACUCCAUUCCAAGUGGGGCAAUAGAUGGUCAAAGAUUGCGCAGCAUCUACCAGGAAGAACAGAUAAUGAAAUCAAGAACUAUUGGAGAACAAGGGUGCAAAAGCAGGCGCGGCAGCUUAAUAUCGAGUCUAAUAGCAAGAAGUUUGUUGAUGCAGUAAGGUGUUUUUGGAUGCCAAGAUUGCUGCAGAAGAUGGAGCAAACUUCUUCCCCCCCUAUAAAUUCUUCAGCUCCUUCCCUUGUAUCCUCAGCAUCUCCUCCACCAAGAAAGCUGAUGAUGCCCAUUACUUUAAAUCAUCAUCACAAUGAAAAUUCAAGUUCAGAAUAUUCCAAUAUGAAAAUCUCAAAAGAGGAGUCUCAAGUUCCUCAACACCCAGCAGCUCCUUUCCAUGCCUUUGAUAAUUGCACUGCUACAGUCUACAACCAUCCAAAUCUAAGUGAUUGUCACCUUGUAGACAGCAGAAGUUUUGACACGGAGGCACUCAUCCUGGACCCCAUGUCAGCAACGGACACCUAUGAGAACUCUCUGUUUGAUUGCCAUAUGGCAGAUAGUGAUUGGCUUUCUGACAACAUGGCAAAUUCUUUAUGGAAUAUGAAUGAAAUUAUGUGAAGCUAGCUCCCACCCAUAUAGAUCAUCAUGAUUUUAGUCAUUGUACUGAUCCAGAUAGGGUUAUAUAUAUAUAUAUAUAGAUAUAUAUAUAAUUAUAUACUCAUUGUAACUCAACUACCCCAAUAUUAUAUUUUGAAGGUUUUGUUAUGAAACUGAAAAUCUAAAUACAGCAAAUUUGAAUUUUACUGAUGAAUGAUGUAUGUAUAAAGUGAGUGAUAUUCUGUAGUGGGGUGUAUAGGAGUUGGACAAGACAUGUGUAUAGAUGAAGCAAAUGUAUCUUUUCCCAGAUGGGGGUUGUUAUCAAUGCAUUUUCAACAAGCCAAUAAAUUUAUUAUUUGCA